GGGGCUGCGCGCCACGGUGCGGUGGGUUGGUGCGCUCAAUGCGCAGUCGGUCAAUAGGCUACACAUGUUUUGCGCUUCUCAGAGGACGGCGUCAAACUAAACCGUGACCGUGCUGAAAUUAAAUACAAAUUGGAUAUAAUGGCUUCUAUUCCACUGGUGCUGCUACUUUUAAUGUCUUCUUUGGCGCUUUACUGGGCAGUUUAUACCGGACCGUUAAAACCGGAAAUGUCCAACGGGACUUUUCAUCACUUCUUCGUACCGGACGGAGAUUAUGAGGAUAAUGAUGACCCCGAGCAAUGUCAAAUGCUUUUUAAAUUCGCAGACCGACGUGCGUGUGGUGUCCAUCACGACGAAGACAGCGAUUCAGUGGUACGUGAAGACUUUAUCAUCGUGAAGCACCAAAUUGAAGACGCCGCAAGGUUGUUGGAAAACAUCGGCAUGAGUAUUUCACACGACCUGGACGGAGAGGAUAGCUAUGAGAAGUUUCUCACUGGGGAGAUCACUCAGAUCUCUGAGGCUUUUACAAGCGUGGAGAAAUCUCUCCUGGAGUUGGAGGUCAAGUUUAAACAGAGUCAAGACAACGAUCUGAGAGGGGAGAACCAGCUCAAUGACUAUGUUCUGAAGCCUAUCUAUGAAGUUAAGGACGCACUCAGGGAGACAACGGACAUUUCAUUGGGACUCAGAGAUAAACAUGAACUGUUGUCUCUCAUUGUUCGCAGUCAAGGCUCAAGGUUGAGUCGCCUCAAGGCAGAUUAUCUCAAUGUAUAGUCUAAAUGUUAAAAACAAUUGUAAUUUGUUAUUAUCUAUGUAAAGGAAUAUAUGUUACUCAGAGUGUGUGUGUGUGUGUGUGUGUGUGUGUGUGUGUGUGUGUGUAUGUAUGUGUGUGUGUGUGUGUGUGUGUGUCAUAAGACUAUGACUCUUUAGCCCAAUAAACACCUGGAAAGUUCAUUGAGAUUGAAAGGUUACUCUGUUCCUAGUCUCUUAUCUCGCUCUAUUUUUUUCUCUCUCUCUACUCCAACUCUCUCUCUCUCUCCCUCUCUCUCUCUCUCUCUCUCUCUCUCUCUCUCUCUCCCUCUACUCCAACUCUCUCUCUCUCUCUCUCUACUCCAACUCUCUCUCUCUCUAUCUAUCUAUCUCUAUCUCUCUCUCUCUCUCUCUCUCUCUCUCUCUCUCUAUUUACUUUCCUAAUUGUCUGUGACCCGUGUCUUUCUUCCUAACUUGUAAUGGUGUUAUUUGGAAAUACUUCUAAGGAAAACAUCGCUACAUUCCUCAGUAAGAGAGGACAGAUGGGGAAAAGAGAGGAGAGCUCAGGGGAGAGAUGAAAAGUGAUCCUUAGCUAAAUUAUGCCUGGGCUGUGCUGUGCUUAAUGAUCCUAAAUUAUGCCUGGGCUAUGCUGUGCUUAAUGAUCCUAAAUUAUGCCUGGGCUGUGCUUAGUGAUCCUAAAUUAUGCCUGGGCUAUGCUGUGCUUAGUGAUCCUAAAUUAUGCCUGGGAUAUGCUGUGCUUAAUGAUCCUAAAUUAUGCCUGGGCUAUGCUGUGCUUAAUGAUCCUAAAUUAUGCCUGGGCUAUGCUGUGCUUAGUGAUCCUAAAUUAUGUAUGGCUUGGCUGUCUGUGUUCUAAUUUAGCUAUUCAGCCUUACUGUAUAAUGAGGUCUAUGUUUUAUACCCUUCCUUAUGUUAUCCCGGAGUCUUACCAUUGAUUCUACUUUAAUCAUGAAACAGACAACAUCAGUUUGAAUCCCAGGCUUAAAAACAACAAAAAAAUGUAAUGUUACUGCCCAUUUAUUAAUAAAAACCUAACCAUUAAUCUCACCUGUGCUCUGACUGGCAUGCCAUGAGGAAAACGGUGUUGUGAGACGGUUUACUGUAUAGGCGGCUUGCUUGAAAAUGACUUCAUCCACAUGACAGUUGACCAUUUUUGUAGUAUGGCCUUUAAAUGUAUAUUCGUGCGAUCAAGGAGUCUGAAAGAAGGGCAAAUCAAAGAGCUCUCUUUGUGUGAUGUUUUUUUUCUUCUGUGCAGCUGGUGGUGGUCUGAGGUGUUC